GUUCCUGUGGCAGGAGACUACUGACCUGAGAUGGAAGUCAAAACAUCAUUUAGCAAAGCCAGUAGGAUUCCUGAAACUGUUUCCACAUUAAUUAAUGAAGACUUUGUCCUGGUUCAUCAGCAAUCUGAGGACACCUCUGGAAAAGAUGAAAAACCUCAGCUAAAGGUAUUUUCAAAUGGAGAUGAUCAGCUGGAGAAGGCAAUGGAAGAGAUACUGAGGGAUUCAGAAAAAGACCAGAACACUGGUCUCCAGGAAGGUUCCAGUGAUGCAAGCAGUCAGGCAGCUGGAGAUGGGUCAGCAGGUCAAACAAAUCAGCCAUCUUUGCACCUUGUUUUAGACCCUUCUGCUACAGAAAUCUCUGCACCAAGGCCAUCUUCUCCCAGUGAACCCCUGGAAGAGGACAGUGUAUUGUUUAACAAACUGACUUAUUUAGGUUGCACAAAGGUGUCUGCCCCUCGAAAUGAACCGGAAGCUCUACAUGCCAUGGCAAACAUGAAAUCCUCAAGUCAGGCCCCUUUAUCUGUAACGCUUUAUGUUCCAAACAUUCCAGAAGGCUCUGUAAGAAUAAUAAACCAGUCAAGCAAUGUGGAGAUAGCCUCUUUUCCAAUCUAUAAGGUGUUGUUUUGUGUACGUGGACGAAAUGGGACUUCAGAGAGUGACUGUUUUGCAUUUACUGAAAGCAGCUGUGGAACUGAAGAGUUCCAGAUUCAUGUUUUCUCCUGUGAGAUUAAAGAGGCAGUCAGCCGAAUUUUAUAUAGUUUCUCAACAGCAUUCAAACGUUCUUCCAAACAAGCAUCUGAUCAUGUUAAGGACUUUGUUCUUCCCACUCCAGAUAGUGAUGUGUACACUUUCAGUGUUUCCUUAGAAGUCAAAGAAGAUGAUGGAAAAGGAAAUUUUAGCCCUGUGCCAAAAGAUAGAGAGAAAUUAUAUUUCAAGCUUAAACAGGGAAUUGAGAAGAAAGUGGUGAUUACAGUUCAGCAACUCUCGAACAAAGAACUGGCCAUUGAAAG